GCAACGAGAAUCUCUGCAAGCAUGGCGGCACAUGCUGGACCAGUGGCGCUUCCUUCUACUGUGCAUGCCGACCCGGCUAUACUGGAAAUAUGUGUGAAGAUGAGUUUGUGGUGGAGACCGUCGUUAGUUCCAGCGAGUUUAUGGUCGACGAUACGAGCGCCAGAAAUUUUAAUGAUAAAACUUUCGGUUCAUCGGUUGUGUUAAAGAGCCCCAUUGAAUUGCAUAAUGCUUACUUUGGUGCGGGCGUGUUGGCGGCAGCCGUAUUCAUUGUUGCCGUUGUGGUCGCCAUCUGUCACUGCAAGGUUAAUCAGACAUACCGUAAAUUCUCAACACGUUCUUCCACAUUCUUUCCCAUUCUGGGCUUCGGGCGACGCAACAAAUCCCAAAGCAAACUCAACAAACACUGGCUAAGCGGCAAGGGACUGGGCGGUGGCGGUGGCGGCGGCAGCGGUGCUGGCAAUGGUGUCGGUUCAUUGCGCUCAUCCGGCUCCACGACAUCGCUGACGCGCGGACACCUGCCCUCAGCGCACAACGGUGGCGGUGGCGGUAGCGGCUUAGGCGGCGGUGGAGGUCAUCAGUCACAUCAGCGACAACAGCAGCUGCAGCAGCAACAGCUGGGCGGCCAAAUGCACGAGCGACCGUUUCAACGGCAUUUAGCGAUGAAUUUGGAGAAUGACAUGUAUUAUACAGUUGAUUUUAGUGAAAAUUCACAACACUCACCGUUAAUACAGUGAGGCAGAGAUAAACGUGCCACAGUGGUGGCGUCAACGGCCGUCAACAGUGUUGCCGCUGCUGCUGCUGCUGUGGGCAGAGUUGUGGUGCGAGCGCUGGUGGGCGUUGUUGGCAAUAAGGGGCGAACUAGAGCUAUUAUAGGUGAUGUACGUUUUGGUGGUGUGCGUGUUGAUGGGCGAAGAGUGGACGAUGCGGCAGCGACGGCGUUGUCGGCAAUGACAACGACAACGACAACGACGGCGAAGGCGACAGCAAGAAUUAGUGCUGAACGCACCAGUGAUGGUGCCAAAAGCAGUAAUUACACGAAUUAUACGAACAGCAGCAACAACAAAAA